AUGCCUCCCAAGAAGCAGGUUGAGGAGAAGAAGAUUCCCCUCGGCCGCCCUGGCAACAGUCUGAAGAGUGGAAUUGUCGGCCUUGCCAACGUCGGCAAAUCCACCCUCUUCCAGGCCAUCACCAAGUGCAACCUCGGCAACCCUGCUAACUUCCCCUACGCCACCAUCGACCCCGAGGAGGCCCGUGUCAUCGUCCCCGAUGCGCGCUACGACUGGCUGUGCGAGAAGUACAACCCCAAGUCUCGUGUCCCCGCCAACUUGACCGUCUAUGACAUCGCCGGUCUGACCCGCGGUGCCUCGACCGGUGCUGGUCUCGGCAACGCCUUCCUGUCCCACAUUCGUGCCGUCGAUGCCAUCUUCCAGGUGGUGCGCUCCUUCGACGAUGCUGAGAUUAUUCACGUCGAGGGUGACGUCAACCCCACGCGUGAUCUGGACAUCAUCAGCGAGGAGCUCCGAUUGAAAGAUAUCGAGUUCGUCGAGAAGGCUCUGGAGGCCCAGAAGAAGAAGACUCGCUCUGGCGGCCAGAGUCUCGAGAUGAAGAAGAUGAUUGCCGAGCAGGACACCAUCCAGAAGAUCAUCGACUGGCUGAAGGACGGCAAGGAUGUCCGAAAGGGCAACUGGUCCCCCAAGGAGGUCGAGGUCAUCAACCCUCUCUUCCUCCUGACGGCCAAGCCUGUCGUCUACCUCGUCAACCUCUCCGAGCGUGACUAUGUCCGCAAGAAGAACAAGCAUCUCCCCAAGAUCGCCGAGUGGAUCAAGGAGAACGCCACUGGCGACCCCAUCAUCCCCAUCUCCGUUGCCUACGAGGAGCGCCUCAGCCGCUUCGAGACUGAGGAGGAGUCCCUCGAGGAGCAGAAGAAGGUCGGUGCUGACUCGGCCCUUCCCAAGCUCGUCAUCCAGAUGCGCAAGUCUCUCGACCUCGGCAGCUUCUUCACGACCGGCACGGACGAGGUCAGGCAAUGGACCCUGCGCAACGGCACCAAGGCCCCUGGCGCCGCCGGUGUUAUUCACACCGACUUUGAGAAGACGUUCAUCCAGGCCCUCGUCUACAACUUCUCCGUGCUGAAGGAGCUCGGAGACGAGUCCGAGGUCAAGGCCAAGGGCAAGGUCAUGACCAAGGGCAAGGAUUACGUCGUUGAGGAUGGUGACAUUUUGCUCAUCAAGGCCGGCGCGGCCAAGGCGUAG